AUGAAUCCGAUAAUCAAAAACGAAAUGCAACUCAAAUGGAUUUUUGGGGAAGAUUUGAAUAAGUGGAAUGGAAGUCUAAAAUUCAGUGAACCAUAUAUUAUUGAUAAAUUAGGAUGGAAAAUUGGAAUCGAAAAAAAAGAAGAUAUAUUGAAUGUUUAUUUAUUAUUAUCGAGUUCAGAAUUGGAAGGUCGUGGAUGGAUUUGUAAUGUUUCGUUCAACACAAAAUUAUACAUUGAAGACAAUGAAAUUAAUGAGUUUUUUGUUCCUGGAGGCACUUGUUUGACAUAUGAUUUUGGGGGAUUCGAAACUCCACAUCGAAAUAAUUUGUUUGGCUAUUUUGAUUUAUCAGAUUCCAAGGAUGAUAGUAGAUUUGUUGCGAUUGAGAUAAUUAUGGAUACUAAGAUGUUUGAUUUCAAUAUGAAAACAUCGAAAAUGCCAAGUGUCACAUUGAAAGUCGAUGAUGUUGUGUUUUAUUUAAAUAAAGAGGUAAAUCAUUUCAUUAGCUUUUCUCGGAGAGAAGAAAUGAAAAAAAUGUUAAUUUACAAAGUUUGUAGAUGUUGUGUUGUGUCUCCGAUUAUUUCUAUAAGAAGUUUUACGUGGAAAAAUCAGGAGAUUCAGAGAUUAUCAUCGAAGAUGUGGACUUGAAAGAAUUCACCACUUUUUUGGCAGCAAUCCAUCCUGUUUCAUUGGAUAUUCAUGGUUAGUUUUUUGAAAAAUUAUGAAAAUAAUUCGCAGUUUCUUCGAUUUUCAGAAGAUAAUUAUCACUUCCUCGUCAAACUUGCCCAACGUUUUGAUGUUUCUUGUUUACAUCACGCUAUCGAGAAGUAUCUCAUAAACGAUGAGUAUAAUUUAGAUCUUAUAGACGUGAUCAAGAUAGCUGAGUGUUAUAGAUAUUCGAAAUUAAUGGUAUGUCAAAGAAUUUUCAAGACAGUGUUUAAAUUUAAAAAUAUCUGGAUUUCGAAUUUUUCCAAUUUUCAGUCUCAAACUGACUAUUUUCCAGAGAGACUGCAUCGAUUCAUUCGAUUCCGUUGACGAAGUUAAACGAUUUACGAAAUCUGGAAAUUUUCAUCAAUUGAAAGAUGAGACUAAAUUAGCGAUUUUGAAAUGUUUCUUGAAGUUUCCAAUAAAAAGAAUCUGA